ACGGUACCGAUUCACGUUGUCUCGUGAGAUCGUGGAACCUGUACCUGCCGAUACAGUACACAGAUAUGUGCUUACGCAGUGCUCGGUUCUAUCCCUAAGGGCGCUGUGGAAGGGGGCGGUUAGGUUAACGUAACCGCGUGUGAUUUAUUUAUGUGGCAAGUACCUAGUACUAUUUUUCAUACACGACAUCGCGAUUGAAAGAGCUUCUUCGAUUCAUUAUGUGAAUGGCAUGUACCGGUGUUUCAAACGAUGGUUUGUAAGAGAUGCUUUGUUGUAGUAUUUACGAGGCCUAGAGUUACUGUGGAAUUAUCACACAGGCGGUGAGACAAUGGUUCUGUCUUUGAGUGUUCCUAAGUGUGUUUCUCCGAUUGGCAGUAUUUCUCAGUAAAUUCACUCUCUCGCUUCACAUGGAACUUUACACGUGGUUGUCUUUUCGUCGGAUUCUAAUGUGACGUGGCUAUGGACUAUUAGUCAUUCGGGGCUGGAAAGGGUCCAUCUCCUCAUGCGCAUUAAAAAGGAAAUGACGCUGAUCGACCUCUCCUCCACAUGGAGCAUAUGCUGGUGUGCAUACUAUUGAUUCAAUGGAUAACAUUAGUCCACCUCGCCUUCUCGACAGCAGUGACGGAGGUCUACCUCGGUGUAGGCUGGUGUUCAUUCCAUACUUACAAAGUCAACGAGGCACAGUAUUAUGAGAUUGUGUGGGAAGGGAGUGAUCUCCCCUUAAGCUGCCGGAUCGGGUUCGAAGGUCGUAACGCGCAUGACGUAUACGAUCAAUAUCAGGUGUGUGUGGAGGCGUCGGAGUAUCACGUGAGUGACUGCACGUUCCACAUGAAAUACUACGACCCCGGACGUCGUCAAAAACAGCUGGUAAAAAGCUAUUCGUGUGGAUUUGGGCCCGGGAAGUACUGCGCUGUUGAGAAUGAGAACUUUGUCAUUGAAUUCAGCAAUUUCCGGACAUCAACAUCCGUCGUGCGGCUGAUGGUGACGGCGAAGAAAACUUAUGACUACGAGCCUCCUCUAUUGGCUGCUGUUGUUGGAGGGGUCCUAGGUGGCGCUGUGAUUAUAACGGUCGUUGCUGUCGUUGUCAUCAUGUUCCGAAUCCGGAAACGACGAUGGAGAAAACCUCCUCCUGUACACGUGCCUCUUCCUCCUCCUGACCCUGACAGGGAAACCUGUGUGUAAAACCGGAAGUUACACGUGUGCAUUUAUGUCAACAGCGGAAGUGUCUUUGCUAACCUCUUUGAUGAGAACAUGCAAUCAUAACCCUGCAUGAUUGUGUAGGUUUAUGUGUGAAUUUGUACAACCGGAAGUUGAAGCGGAUGCUGCCGAACGAGCAAUACAAAUUAUCGAGUAUGGCAGAAUGAAGUCCCACUUGGUUUAUUGUAAGUUAAAUCAGGCCCUGGCAUUGACAGACGAACGAGGACAAAGAUUGCUACAUGUAUUGACAUGUCGUUUAUCACCGUGUACAGAUCAGGGUCGUUUCUCCCUUGAUAAAAACGUCUCUUAAGCUGCUUUACAGGUUUUAUCAUAUUGAGAAAAUGAGGAUAAUUUUUAUUUGUGGGAAAAUAACAUUGUUUUUUUUCUAAUGAAUGAUUUUAUUUUUUUAUUUGCGUGAUACUUUGAUACCACAACCGAAAGAUAGUGCGCUAGUUGGACAUGUACUGGCUGACGUUUGACUGACAUUCGUGCCUCACGCAGCGCCACCUGUGUUUAUCUACCGUGGAAUCAUUUUCAUUCAUUGAAAUGUUAUAAUGUGUAAGAUAUGCCUUGUUCCGGUCACAUCCAUUUUUCGCUUUAUAAAUGUUUCUAUGAACGACAACAUCACAGUGUGAAAGAGCGGAAGGUCGACUAAUUAAAGAGCGGAGAUGAAAUAAGACAAGAUGAAUUACCCUUAUUUUCACAUUAAAGAAUUACAACGGGACUUUUAUACAGGCAUUGACCCACUAUAGGACAUGAGACAUCGGUUUAUACUCUGUAUCUCUUAUUUGUAUACAAUGUUUGGGUGAGUGGAACUUGUUUAAUAUGAUGGAUAUCAGGAUCAAGUUCAAUAUAUUUGUCUUGGACACACGUGGAGGUUAAGAAAGCACCCUGUCUUAAGCGAUUCAAGAAUAUGGAAUGAUGGAGCAAUACACUUCCAUAGUACACGAAGCCUUCUCUUUAAUCGUACGUCAAGUUAACGAAGAGUCAGACGGCGCGAGUGUUACAAUACAUUGUCAUCGUAUUCCUAUAUAUAAGUCAUGUUUAUACAUCAUCGGUUCUGCAUAUCAUUUUUAUCAAUUGCUCAUCAAAACCCUAAUCGUUAAGGUAUUAUAAACUGUGUCCUUGUACUGAGUGAGAUGAUUGUAAUGCUUCUAGAAAAGAAUAUAGCAUAAAAAACAUAACCAUCACACACACGCAUGUAUAAAACGUACAGCGGCUAAAUACCAGCUGAUAAGCCUUCGAUCAUUGCGCUAUUAACACGGAGAUCCUUUGACGUCACAUAAUCGUCCAACAGUGACCAGCAUUAACUUAACCUUAAAGUAACAGAAAAGAAAAUAAUGAACAGUGAGGAUACAGUAAAGAAACUGGGAUACACAUCAAAGGGUUGUGUAGAUGUUCCAAUUAAAAAUGCGUACCUUUACCAAAUUCCUUAUUGUGUUUCGUCAAAGGAACUUUUUACAAAAGCAAAACUUUAGGACAUGUAUGGCGUGUGUUUUUUUGGAGGAAAUGGAGAUCAUGUCCUCGGAAGGAGAAUUCAUUUUAGGUGCAUAUCGGAUCUUAACAUAUAAAACAUG